AUGUCAAUUACAAAAGGUCAGAUUGAACCAACGCCACCACCAGAUUAUUCUCAAUCACAACCAAAAGAUAAUGAUAAUGACAACACUAAAAAUAUAACCAAUCAAUCAUCAUAUUCACAACACCAAGAACCACAAUACCAACCAAAACCUCAACCAACAGAAGAAUCAGAUCAAGAAUCAGAUCUACCUCAAGAUUACUAUGAGCAAAAAACACAACAAGAACAUAAUCAAUGCCGGAUAUGUUGUGGAGAUUGUCGAUCAACUAAUUGUUUUGGUUGUUGUUCAAUACCAACUGUAAAUGCUAAUGAAAAAGAUAUGUGGGGUGGUUUGCUUGUUUAUUGUUGUUGUUGUUUUGGUGUUGGGGUUGCUGCUAAUGCUUAA